UUGUCUUCACAAAGACUUGCAUGUUUAUUUUCUCAGCAGUAGUCUUCAUAUUAGUAAAAAACUGGAAACAAUCCAAAUAUCUGUCAGCUGGUGAAUGGAUAAACAAAAUGAUAUAUCUAUAUCAUGCACUACUAUUCAGCAAUAUAAAGGAAUGAAAUAUGGAUACAUGCUACAAUGUAGUGGAAUCCUGAAAACAUAUUUAGUGAAAGAAGCCAGACUUAAAAAAGCCACAUAUUCUAUGAUUCCUUCUAAAUGAAAUGUUUAGAAGAGACUGCCAAGGUCUCCACAUAAGGCAGAGGGAAUCUUCUUUGUGAAACACUGGGCAGGAGGAUGCCGCAUGUCUGCAUUGUUAUACUGUGGAGUUCAAACUUCAGAAGACUUUGGGUUAAGCAGUAACAUUUACUCUGUAAAUGAUUAUGUCUUCGCUUAUCCUCUAUGACUAUCACAAACUAAUGAAACACCUUUUUAGGUCUUAUGAAUUUAGGUCACACUGUUUUCCGGAUGCUCUGGCAGCUGAAACCGGGGCCUAUGAAAAAUGGAACCAAACUCUCUGAGGACUAAAGUCCCAGCUUUCUUAUCUGAUUUGGGGAAGGCCACAUUGAGGGGAAUAAGAAAGUGUCCCCGAUGUGGCACAUACAAUGGAACCCGGGGACUGAGCUGUAAAAACAAGACAUGUGGAACCAUAUUCCGCUAUGGUGCACGGAAGCAGCCGAGUGUUGAAGCUGUCAAAAUCAUAACAGGCUCUGACCUACAGGUCUACUCAGUGCGGCAAAGAGACCGGGGCCCCGACUACAGAUGCUUUGUAGAGCUAGGUGUUUCAGAGACGACAAUCCAAACAGUAGAUGGGACGAUCAUCACUCAGCUGAGCUCUGGACGAUGUUAUGUCCCCUCCUGCCUGAAAGCUGCCACCCAGGGUGUUGUGGAAAACCAGUGCCAGCACAUCAAGUUGGCAAUAAACUGUCAGGCAGAGGCCACCCCUCUGACUCUAAAGAGCUCCGUCCUGAAUGCAAUGCAGGCCUCCUCUGAAACCAAGCAGACCAUCUGGCAGUUGGCCACAGAGCCCACGGGUCCGCUCGUACAGAGAAUUACUAAAAACAUUUUGGUGGUGAAAUGCAAGGCGAGCCAGAAGCAUAGUUUGGGGUACUUGCAUACGUCCUUUGUGCAGAAAAUCAGUGCCAAAAGCUUGCCUGAACGCCGUUUCUUCUGUUCCUGCCAGACUCUGAAGUCGCACAAGUCGAAUGCCUCCAAGGAUGAGGCAGCACAGAGAUGCAUUCAUUUCUUUGCUUGCAUCUGUGCCUUUGCCAGUGAUGAGACAUUGGCUCAGGAAUUCUCAGACUUUCUAAAUUUUGAUUCCAGCGGUCUUAAAGAGAUUAUUGUGCCCCAGUUGGACUGCCAUUCAGAAUCAACAGUAUCAGCUUGUGAGUCUACUCCAUCAAAGGCAAAGAAGAGGAAAAAGGAUGAAGUAUCUGGUGCACAGACGAACAGUUCACUGUUGCCUCAGGAUGCACUGAGCAGUAAUCUAAGGAAAAGUGGCCUGAAAAAGCCUGUGGUUGCUUCUUCAUUAAAAAGGCAGGCCUGCAGUCAGCUGUUAGAUGAGGCACAAGUGACCUUAUCCUUCCAAGACUGGCUGGCCAGUGUCACAGAACGCAUCCAUCAAACCAUGCACUAUCAAUUUGAUGGCAAACCAGAGCCACUGGUGUUCCACAUUCCUCAGUCUUUUUUUGAUGCCCUACAACAGAGAAUAUCUAUUGGAAGUACAAAAAAACGGCUUCCCAACUCCACCACAGCUUUUGUUCGAAAAGAUGCCCUGCCACUGGGAACCUUUUCCAAGUAUACCUGGCAUAUCACUAAUAUCCUGCAAGUUAAACAAAUCUUAGAUACCCCUGAGAUGCCCUUGGAAAUUACCCGAAGUUUUAUCCAGAACCGGGAUGGGACGUAUGAGCUGUUUAAAUGCCCUAAAGUGGAAGUAGAGAGCAUAGCAGAAACCUACGGUCGUAUAGAAAAACAACCAGUGCUGCGACCCUUGGAACUAAAAACUUUUCUCAAAGUUGGCAACACUUCCCCAGAUCAAAAGGAGCCAACCCCUUUCAUCAUUGAGUGGAUCCCAGAUAUCCUUCCCCAGUCCAAGAUUGGCGAGCUGCGGAUCAAGUUUGAGUAUGGUCACCACCGGAAUGGGCAUGUGGCAGAGUACCAAGACCAGCGCCCCUCCCUGGACCAGCCCUUGGAACUGGCCCCUCUGACCACCAUCACUUUCCCUUGAGGCAAAACAAUGGAAACUUUUGCUGCUGAAUUUGCACAUCCCCAUCCCUUGACAAGUUUAAAUACCAGUUAGGUCCUUCGUGAACUGCUUUUAACUAAGAUGCAAUUUCUUAACACAUCCAAGUGGAUUCUGUUGAAGAAAAACUCUGUAAAUGGCCUUGUUGGUGCUGCUGUGUAUAGUCCUCAUUAUAGAUGGGCUGGUAUUUCUGGCUAGCGUGUUUAAUGGAACAAAAAGAAAACUAGCUCAUUUUCCUUCUUAAAGGAUUCACCUUUAUAGUUUGUCUCAACCUUUGAAGUAGUUAGCAACACUCCACCUUACACUAACAAUGUUGAAACGUUAAUAACAUCCUGGUUCGGAAGAAUGUUAGGGACCAUUCUGGCAGAGCUCCAGUCAUGCCCUUUUAUUCUGUUAUCAAAUAAAGCACAGUGUCAUUAGUUUUUCUAAAUUAUACCUCAUGUUGGCCUGAUUUUAAAAUUAUGAACCUUUGGGAUGAAUUUAGAUUACAGUGAAAUAGGAAAAAGAUGUCCAGGUAUCAAGGGAAUAUUGACAAGUCAAACUAAUGCUUGUAUUUAUUUCCUUCUUUCUUCUUGAAAAAGUGUAACAACUGGUAAAAUUCAUUUCCUAUUUCUGAGUUCAUUGACCACAGAAUGGAGACAUGAGAGACACAGAAGUGGAAGCCUGUUUUCAAGGAGAAAGGGGAAUGAACAUUUCCUAUAUAACUACUAUGUGCCAGGUACUUUUAUUUGCAUUCCUACCUAAUUACUUUUCUCAUUUAGUCUUCAUUAUCCUUUGAGUUUUAGGUAUUUACCCCUUCUUUUAUAAAAUUAAAGGAACAACCUCUCUGAGGUUAAAUAUCUUGCUUGAAA